AUGUAAAUCCUUUUAUCAAAUUUAUGUCUGCACUGUCCUGAAAAUAUACACACGUUUGUGGCGCAUGUUGUCUGCUUUCCUGAAUUAAGUUAACAUAAAAAUUGCGACAAUUUAUCGCUGUUUGAAAAGGGAAAGGUUAAACCAAAUCAUCUGACAGCUAACCUCAGCUAAUGAUUACAAGUUUGAAGGAAGGCGAAGGAGACGAACUACAAUGACCAGCAGCGUGCUGUGUGGUCGAAGCAGGUUGGUCCUGUCUCAGGCCGCCGGCCGCCAUGCUUUGGUUUCUCUCCGGGUCGGCCGAACCAGAACCUUCUCUGCUGCGAGCUCAGACGAGCCUUACAUCGCUGUCUCGCCCACAGACUCAGGCCCAAGGACAGUAUGGCCGGAUGAGAGCAUGGGUCCAUUCGGACCUCAGGACCAGCGCUUCCAGUUACCGGGUAAUGUUGGCUUUGACUGCCACCUGGAAGGCACGGAGAACCAGAAAAGGGCUCCAGUCCACAUGGUGGUUCCUGAUGUACUCACUACUCCAAACAGCUCAGAGAGACACCAGUUCAUACUGGCCCAGUUCGUUAAUGAGUUCCACGGAAAGUUGGGUCCAAUAUCCACCAGAGUCCACAAAGCUGAGCAGUACUUUAGUCAGACAGACACAGACUGCUCCAUAAGUUCCUGCCCUGAGCUUUUAAAGAAAGAAUUGGAGCUGAUGUUCCCUUCAGCGCCCACUGCCUCCAUCACAGUCGUCACGGUAACACAGAGGAGCAACCGGUGGGAGGACGAAACUCCAGAGCAGGACAAGGACCUGCUGCAUCAUAAGUUUGUGAGCGGUGCAAAGGAGAUGUGUUUCGCUCUGUGGACGGCGGGGUACUGGGCCGACUUCAUCGACCCAACAACAGGAACAGCUUUCUUUGCAUCUCCGUCAAGUCAAACCGUGCUGCAGACAGAGGAGGAGCUGACACAUCUGGCACAUCUGGGUUUUCACAUCGAGGUGUCAGGCUCCUGCACCGUCAUUCGCCACAUCCUUAGAGGAACGCCUUUAUUUGUAGGGACCGUUUUCACCAAUGCACCCACCAACAGUGCUGCUAUCGCCAGACUACAAGGACUAUCAAAUGUAUUUGAUGAAGAGGAAUAGGCUUUUUAUAUUUAUAUAUAUUAUUCUAUAAGAGGAAAUCCGAACACAGUGGCUCUAAUUGUGGUUUGAAGAUGCUUGAUAUAUGGUUGGUUGGCUUGUAUCAGCCGAGUGUGAAGACUGUCAGAGGAGUUGACACCCAUUGACAAAUGCACAUCAAGUGUCAGGUUCCUGUUGCAAUGAAUCUGCAGAAAUUGUUAAUGUUAUAGAGGUUUAUAUGUAUUUAUGAAAAGGAAACACUUAAAGGUUCUAACUCACAGGGAAAAAAUGGGCAAAAAAACACAAGAUUUUAUCUGGAAUGAUAUCAGGUCACUUUUCAUAACCACAUGUACAGUCUUGAUUUUGUUUUUUCUUUUGAGUCUGUUGCACUGAAUGUAAAGAAAUAAACAGCAUUUCCGAUGAA